AUGGUUCGCUUCCUUUCAAUCAGCACUAUCCGACCCACGAGUCACCAUGACUCAACUCGAAGGAUCGAAUUAACUCCAUGGGAUCUCAUAGUCCUUUCACUUCAUCAUAUUCAAAGGGGUCUCCUCUUUCUCAAACCUACACUUCUACAAGAACGAGAGCUUAAAACCAACGUGAUUGAUCACCUAAAGUCCUCCCUCUCCCUCGCAUUGGACAUUUUCUACCCGCUUGCUGGCCGCCUCGCCAUGAUCGAAUACGACGAUAAGACCACCUCUUUCUUCAUUGACUGCAAUAACCUUGGAGCCCAGUUCGUCCACGCAGCAGCAGAUUGUGUCACCGUGGCUGACAUCCUUGACUCAAUCUAUGUUCCCCAGAUUGUGGAUUCCUUCUUUCUCCUCAAUCGUGUUCCUAACUUUGAAGGCAUCUCCAAGCCGUUUCUCUCUGUACAAGUAACCGAGCUUGUUGACGGUUUCUUCAUCGGUUGCACUGUAAACCAUGCGGUCGCCGAUGGAACCUCCUUCUGGCAUUUCUUUAACACUUGGUCUGAAAUUUCCCAGGGCUCCGGUAUCAAGUUGCAAGAGUUUCCCAUUUUCGAACGCAGUCUUUUUGAUGGUAUCAUCAACUUCCCGGUUCGCUUACCAAACCCCCACAAAGAGAACGCUGAUGGGUUUGUUUCUCCACAGCUGAAACAGAGGUUUUUUCCUUUUACCAAGGAAAAGAUCGCACAACUUAAAACAGAGACCAACGCCGAAAUGGGCACCGACAAGAUCUCAUCUCUGCAAGCACUGAUGGGUCAUUUUUGGCGAUGCGUAACUCGCAGUCGGUGUCUGGAUGCCGAUCAACAGGUUAAGUACCUGGUGGCCGUGGGCGCGAGGCAAAGAAUGCAUCCACCAUUGCCAAAACACUACUUCGGGAAUGCAGUCCAAGCAGGGAUAGUCCUAAGCAGAACAGGGGAGCUGGUAGAACACGGACACGGCUGGGCAGCUUGGCGUAUAAACAACAUGAUUGCUUCAAAGACGCCAGAAGAAGUUAGGAAGUAUUUGGGUGAUUGGGCGAAAAAUCCUUGGCGGCUGUGGAACUUUAGCAGCUCAAGUAAUACAAUAUUGCUUACGGGAAGCUCACCGUGGUUCAACGUGUACGGUAAUGACUUUGGUUGGGGAAGGCCCGUCGCGGUGAGAAGUGGUUCUGCGCAAAAGCUUGAUGUGAAGUUGAAUGUGUUACCUGGGAAGGAAGAGGGUAGCAUUGAUUUUGAAGCUUGCUUUCUGCCUCAGACGCUGGAAGCCAUGGCAGAGGAUGCAUACUUUAUGGAGGCUGUGGCCACAUGAACUAAUUAACUGUUCAUUGUAGACAGUGCUCUUCUCUUAUUAGCUAUCCUUGUAUUGCAAUUUAUGAUGAAGCCCUUGUUGCAUU